AUGCCACUGCUUGCUGUUGUUCAAGAAAAUCAAAAGAAAGAAGAGCAGAAGAAAGAUCUAGUUCGAGGGAGGUUUGGCUUACAAAAAAGGAGAAAGGCUUGUCCCGCCCCAUUAGCCCCACAUUGUGUCCAACAGCUUUCCCGCAACAAGGAUUUCUUGGCUUUGUAUCACUGGUUUGAAAUAAUAUACUACUUUAAAUUCUUAUUGCUUUUGAAAGAAGCAAAAUAUUGUGGUGUAUUCAAAAUGGUAGCGCAGCUUAGGAAAUUCGCUCUUAAAAACCCAAACCAUGCGGCUUGCUACAAACGCAACUUCUAG